AUGGAUGAAUAUCAUUGUGAUGUAUAUGAAAAUCACUCUUCUGAUUUUGAUCUCUUCUCUCUUUGUCCCACCGAUAGAUAUUUUAAGGUGGAAUUUAAUUGCACCAAUAUGUAUGUUUUGAGUGCGAGGAGGUUUAGAACUACCAAUGUUACAAAGUGUCACAAUUUUUUAGAUAUAACAAAGGAUCAAAUGAUUCAAAAACCAACCAUUGUGUCAUGGCUUCUUCGAAUGGAUAUACCUCAAGAUGCUUAUGGGGUCGUAGUGGCGAAAAUUUUAGAAUGUUUAGACGAUAUGGUGAAAACGACUCAUAAAAAUUCUAGGGUUUUUUCUAUUCGAGUUGAUAUUUGUAUUACAAGAGCUAGCGAAGAUGAAGAUAGCGAAAGUGAUGAAGAUGGUGAUGGAGAUGGAGUUAAUGCAAGUAACGAAAGUGGUGAAGAUUACAAUGACGAGGAUGAGGAUGGCGAUGACAAUGGCGAUGAAGAUAUUGAGUUUGUUCCUGCGGCAAAGUGGUGUAUUGAGAAAUUGGAGAAAGUUGAAAAAGAAGGAAAAUGUAGUAUUUGUCUAGAAGAUUUUAAUGUUUGUCUUGUUAUGCCAUGUUCGCAUAUGUAUCAUUCAAAAUGUAUCAGUGAUUGGUUGGAGAUCAGUCAUUUUUGUCCGUUAUGUAGGUUUGAGUUGCCCAUUUAA